GUUUCCUAAAUAUAGCGGACAGGAUCUGUCCGUGUCUUUCAGCCGGAGACACUUUGAUAAAAAGCCCGUAUUUACAGAAGCACAGGGAGGCCAGUGGGGAAAGCCAUGCUAAGCUGAUGGACUAACAGGAGCUGACAGGGGGACUAUGUGUUGAGGACUCUCUUUUAAAUUUUUAACUACUUGGAGCCCUCUGAUAUUCAUCUUUGGUUGUUGGUGGACGUUGCUCUAGCAAUGGGAAGGAAGAAGAUUCAAAUCACCCGUAUCGUUGAUGAGAGGAACCGACAGGUGACUUUCAUGAAGAGAAAGUUUGGCCUGAUGAAGAAGGCCUACGAGUUAAGUGUUCUGUGUGACUGUGAAAUUGCCCUCAUCAUCUUCAAUGGCUCCAACAAGCUGUUUCAGUACGCCAGUACCGACAUGGACAAAGUCCUGCUGAAGUACACAGAAUACAACGAACCCCACGAGAGCAGAACCAACUCUGACAUCGUCGAGGCCCUUAACAAGAAGGAACACAGAGGCUGCGACAGCCCUGAUGCUGACGCAUCCUAUGUCCUCACUCCUAAUACUGAAGAAAAAUACAAGAAGAUUAAUGAAGAGUUUGACAACAUGAUGAAGACUCAUAAAAUUUCCACAGGCCAGCAGCAGCAGCAGCAUCAACAGCACUUCAUGCACGUAGCACCAGGCAGCAUGGCCUACAGUCACAGUGGAGGAGGAGGGGCAACUUCCCAGGCACUAGCUGCAGCCACAGCAGCUUUGGCUGACGGUGGUAUCCUCCCCUCACCUCACUCGCACCUCCACAGAAACAUAAACUCUUCACAAAGACCCCCGAGUGCUGGAGGUGGCCUGCAGGGCAGUUCCGAGCUGGCUCUGCAAAAUGGAUCUGGACCGACUGUGAAUGGAUUUGGAAAGAUCAUACCAUCAAAAUCUCCUCCUCCUCCUCCACCUCAUGGGAACAGCAUGGUCCCUACCAGCCGCAAGACAGACCUCCGGGUCGUCAUCCCCCACUCCAAAGGAAUGAUGCAAACACUGAAUAACCAAAGGAUGAGUAGCAGUCAGUCCAGUCAGCCUCUUUCCACACCAGUUGUCUCUAUCACCACACCCAGUCUACCCCAUCAGAGUCUGGUCUAUGCUGGCAUUGGCUCUGCCUACAACGAUUACUCCCUGAACAGUGGAGAGUUAUCAGGCUUUAACUCUGCUGCAGGGCCCUCUCUGAGCUCAAUGGCAGCAUGGGAGCAACAGCAGCUGAGCUCCAUGGGGUAA